AUGAAAAAACGAAUCAAUUUGCAACGAUUCAAAGACACCAUCGGUUUGGCUUCACCUUCUACAUCAGCAGCAGAAAACGAAGCUGCCAUCAUUGCUGGAGAACAAUCUUCAAACCACUCGACAACAACAAUGACAUCUUCAAAUCGACGAUUCAUUCAUUCUCAGCAAGUUUCGGAUUUUCCUUCGGAGGAUGAUGAUCAGAUUUCAUCAUCGUCUCUCACUGCAAGUCCUCCAAUUUUAAAUUAUCAAGUUGGAAACAAUGGAUUACCAACCAAUUAUAAUGCUGAAUAUUUUCGAAGAACAACAACUUUCGGUGAUGAUUCUAAUUCUCCGUUUGGAGAAUAUUACAGCAGCUCGAAUAGUCCAUCACCAUCAUCAGCUCAACAUCGUCGUUUGACUGAAGAUUUUCAAAAAGUGAAAAAGCCAUUGAUCAAGAAAAAAAAGAAAAAUCCAUUUUCGAGUGGAGUGUCUGCAGAAGUGAUUGCCAAUGGAAUUCGUGCAUUGAAUGAUGUUCUUGAUGAUGACGAAGAAGAAGUAGAUGAAGAGAUUGAAUUUAUAAACCCUCUGUUUAAACAUGCCAACAUGGAUCAGGUCGAUCCUAAUCGAAGUAGUGAAUGUGAGGUCAUUCCAAUAACUUCACAACAGUCCACAUUAUCACAAUCUCUGUUAGAAAUUAAAACAAAAUUAGAAAAAGAUUUGGAAACAGAAUACAUUUCAAAGAAAACUACUUUGGAAAAUGAAUUACAAAUGACUCUUGAGCAAGAAAAAAAUUUAGAUCAAGACUGUAAAAUACUUAAAGAAGAGAUUGAAACACUCACAUCCAAGCUUCACACCGAAAAAGGAAAAUGGGCAGAAACGACUCUUCAUAGAAUCAAGUUGGAAAAGUCAACAAAACCUGUCACUCUCAAUGCAGGAGGAAAACGAAUGAAAGUCUCACUUUCAGUACUGAUGGACACUACACGAGAUCCAAAUUCAGUUUUAGCAAAAAUGUUCAAUGGAGAAUUUCCACUUCGAAUGGGUAGUGAUGGUUCAUAUUUUAUUGAUUGUGAAGAGAGUAUGUUCAAACUCGUCUUGCAUUGGCUUCGAUAUGGAAAGAUGAAUAUUGAUUGUGAAGUGACCAAAGAAAGAUUAAGCCAUGUGGCUGAAUAUUUUGGGCUUGAUCGAUUGAAGGCCAUCUUGAAAGAUGAAAUUUAUAUUGCAAAUUGUGAUUCUAACUCUUCAGAAUUACGAAUUGAUACAGACUCAAAUAUUUCUCAAGCUGAGUUUUCUCAUCUUGUAAGCGUAUCAAAGUAUCAGAAGAAACCGUUGGUGAUAACCAAAACUGAUUUAACACAGCUUCAAUUUGACAACAUGACAUUUACUGAUGCAGAAAUAGUAGAUUGUAAUUUAUCUGGUAUGGACAUACGAGGUACUCACUUCAAAGGUUGCUCCUUUAAAUCGUGUGACUUUACAUUAACCAAAUUCAAGUCAUGUAAUUUUGCAAGUUGUGACUUCUCUCAAUCCAAUUUCUCACAAGCAGAAUUUUCAAAUUCAACCCUUUCACAUGCUAAACUCACAAGAUGUCGCAUCAACAAGGCCACAUUCAAAAACACAAAAUUUGAUGGUACAGAUCUGACGCAGGUCGCUCUCUCGAGUGGAUAUAUAAUUAAUCAAUGCUCUUUUUCAGGUUCAAUAUUUAACGAAGAAACGCUUCGACAUGCUUCCAGUUUAAAAGGGAACAAUUUCUCCAAAUGCUCUCUCAUUGGAUUUAAUUUAUCAAAUUUAGAUUUUUCUGAAUGCGAUUUUUCACAUGCCAACCUUUCAAACUGCAAUUUCAACAAGACCAAAUUAUCUCAAUGCAAUUUAAGUCAUGCCAAUCUAACUUAUUGUAAAUUAGAAGGAUGCUCCUUGAAAAAAUCCAAUCUCACUUCUACCGUACUUUUUGGAUGUGAUUUAAAGACUGUGUCUUAUGAUGGAUUCAACAUUUCUGGAUGUAAACUUAAUGGAGCCCUUUUUGACAUUCAUACGUUCCAUGCUUCAGAAAGUGUGACAGGAAUUGAUUUUCGGGGAUGUAAUUUGGAUGGAUUUGAUUUCUCUGACCUCGAUCUCUCAAAUUCAUAUUUUGAAGAAACCAAACUUGAUGACACCAAUUUCAUGAACUGUACUUUGACGAAUAGCACCUUUUUGAACUGCGAUCUCAGAAAUGCAAACUUACAUCAUGCCAAUAUUACAUUUUGCAAUUUUAAUAAGUGUAAAAAUUCACCAUUGAGUUAUUGA